AUGACCAACCAGAGGAGGCUCCGGAGGGCCUGGUCCUCCUUGCGGGGGCCAAAGACUCUCAGCCUCCUGCAGGCCUCUGGCUCCUCCAGGGCCAUCGGCCCCUACGGCCCCCUGGAGGAGCCUGAGCCCACCUGGGGGGCCAGAGAGGAGGAAGGCUCCCGGCAGAGGACCUCCCCAGGCCGAGGAGGAGGAGGAGGCCAGGGCAAGAGGGGCAGGAGCAGGAGGGGUGAGAGCCUGCGGGGGAGGCAGAAGGCCAGGCAAGGAGCAGCAGCGGAGGAAGAAGGAGAACCAGCAGCCCCGGGUGGGACAGGAGAAGCAGCCAUGGUGGGCACUGCCCAGCCCUUGGGCACAGGGGACGACGGGCAGAUGCUCCUUGGGGAGAUGCACGACCAGACAGGCAGCAGGAUGAGGAAGCGCAAGAAGCAGGUGAGCCAUGUCCUCCGGAGGGGCUGGCAGACCUUCAUGGCCGGCGUCUACAGCCUGACCCUCAGCCGCCCAGCCAGCUCCCCAGCUCCGCCAGUCCAGCCUCUCGGUCAGGAGCCUGGGGAGGGCAAAGAACCACCUGGACCCGCUUGAUGCCUCAAGGACAGGAGCAGGGCCAGGCUCAUUGCGGUGCCAUGGCUGCCCCCAGCCGUUCCUUGUCUGUCAGCAGCACCAGAAACACGGACAUCAUGGCAGCAGGGUUGGAGGAAGGGUCUGUUUCUAUGGGGCCAUGAUCUUCUGGGGUGCCAUCUCUGGAGAACGACCACAUGCACACCGCAAGGUCAGGGAAAGAAGACCUGCCCCGAAGUCUGCAAUGGAGUUCCUUUUUGCCACACUUCAGGUCUCCAUGUUGGAUGGAAAUGCAAUGUUUAAUUUAUUUCAAAGAACGGAUGUGCGACUCCUCCUUCAGGGUCUUAUGGGGAAACCUGUGGCACAUGAUGCACAUGCGGCGGAUGGGAUCCAUUGCUGCAAGUGGCUAGACAGAAAAACCAUGUGCGGAUUUUAGGCAGAGUACGACCCAAAACGUGAAGACUCUCAUCAGUCCAGGCUCCAGGUUCUCCAUGUAAAGUUUCCCCAAAGUUGAGAAACACACUUUCCAACUAUUCUCUAAUGUGUGCAUUCAUAUCAAAUAUGAAGGGCAGGGUGGCUGCGUUUAGUUUUUGUUUCAUGUUUUGGCAUAAAUGAAGUUAUUGCAAAAGAAUAAGAAAAAGAAGAAGAAGAAGCCCUACAGUGUGAAAGGAAAGAGUAAACUGUCAGUCCUGCCUCAUGGUAGUGGUGGGGAAACGGGGAUUCUUCUGUUCUUCCAUGGUGAAAACGAGACCUACAUCCCCAGGAAAGCAGGGGGGCCUUGCUGGCAUUUCCUCUGGGGAUGACUCCCAGGGAGGCUGCUCCUUCCAGGGAAUGUCCUCCAGGUGACGUUCAGGAGGAGGAGGAAGGGUUCAGGCAGGGGCUGAGGCUCUUGGGGUGGGAAGGUUGUGGAGACAGAGGCACGCUCCGGGAGAGAAAGGCCACUGGUGACCCCGAAUGUUGC